GCCAGAUAAAAUACCUGCAAAAAUGGAUUUGCUUGGAAGUAUUUUAGGUUACAUGGAAAAACCUCCCUCUGUUGGAGACAAAGAAAAGAAACAGGCUAAAGAGAGGAAAAAGCAGUUUGAAAAAAUUAAAACAGAAGAAAAGAAAAAAAAGAAUGACUUCAGAGAAAAAAUUGAGAAGGAGGUGAACGAGUUUAUCAACGAUGCCAGCCGAACUCGCCUGAGAUAUGACCCUAUGGAAAGGAUCUCCAGAACAAUUUUACAUGACGUUGCUGAAGUAGCAGGUCUAACAUCGUUUUCAUUCGGAGAGAUGGAAGUCAACAGGUUCAUUAUUCUUUUUAAAAAGGAGUAUGCACCAACAGAUGAUGAAUUGGAUGCGUAUCGAAGAGGAGAAACAUGGGAUGCGGAGAAAGCAAAAGAAUUUGCCAAGCAAAAGGCAUUAGACGAAGAGAAUGAGAGAAAACGUCUAGCUUCCGACCCUCACAAAUUCGUUCCAAACUCAAACUACCAAGCCAAGUAUAAGAGCAUCAUUGGUGAGGAGAGUGCAUUGGAAGCUGCCAAGAACCUGACCCCAAACAAACAGUUUGGAAACGUUCCAAGUGAAAACAAAAUGGACAAACGCUCAGUUGAAGAGACGCUUGACGCCAUUCGGAAAAAGAAGAAGCAAAAGAUCGGAGAAGCGUCUUCCUCGAGCCAAGACACGUGACCUAUCAACUUGGUUCAACUUGUUAUCAACUAAUGUGUGUGUGUUGAAGGUAAGCGGAUGAAGAUUGGGGACUCGUCAUUCACUAGCAAGGCCUGUACCUAUCAACCGAUUCAACUUGUUAUCCACUAACAUGUUUUAGGAGGAUCUAGGCUAGACCUUGUUGUCUGAACCAGCCCAUCACCAGAUUUAUCUUGUUGUUCUCAACUGGAAAAUAUUCUUCAUGAAGGACGGAGGUUGGGAAGUCACCAUCGUCUUCAAGAAUUUAAUUUUCUUAUCAACAACAAUUUUGUGUGUUGAGUGAAAAGUUUGGAAACUAAGGAAUCGUCAUCCACACAUUUCCCGAGCUCAUUAGCUGAUUGACAUUGUAAUCAACUAAUGUUUCGAAAAAUAGAGGAUAAAGAUUUUUAACAUCACCAAGGAGCUUAAGGAGCUCAACAUAUUGACUCGAGUUUGUCAACCGAUUUAAUAACUUUUUUUUUAUGAACUAAAAUGUUGUCGUGUUGAAUAAAGAGGCUGAAGGUUGGAGAGUCGUGAUCCACCUGCCAGAUCCACGUUUGCUGAAUCGCUCAACUUUCAACUUAACAUCAGUAUGUAAAGGCCGAGUUGAUAUUUAUAGUCAACAAACCUGUAGCUUAGUUUACUAGCUGGGCCCAAUUUCAUAGAGCUGCUGAGCACAAAAAUUUGCUGAGCAUGAAAUUUCUUCCUUGAUAAAAA